AUGGACUCGCCACACGACAGUCAUACCGAAGUGACCUUGUCUAGCGGGCAACGGCCCAAAUCCAUUGGGCGAUUCAAUCUGGCUAAUCAUUUCCAGAAGAGAGGCUUGUUGAUUGCCGUCAAUUGUGCCGCAGGUCUCUCUAUCCUAUUCUUUGGAUAUGGUGAAGGAAUGAUGGGUGGAGUCAACAAUGCUCAAGACUACAUUCAAGUCAUGAAGCUGGGUUACACCAAGAUUGAAGAUGGAGAACCCACACCAGUCAUCACCAACACUCUUCUGCAAGGCGGAAUCGUCAGUGUCUAUUAUCUCGGAACGCUAGUCGGGGCGCUUGCAGGAGGCUGGAUCGGAGAGAGGAUUGGACGUAUUCGAACCAUCGCUUUGGGUGCCGCUUGGGGUGUGCUAGGAGCUUCGCUUCAGUGCAGCGCCCAGAACCACAACUGGAUGAUCUGCGCCAGAUUGAUUAAUGGAUGGGGCACUGGAAUCCUCAAUUCCAUUGUGCCUGUGUGGGCUACUGAGACCGCCACGCAUACUUCCCGAGGCCAAUUCAUUGCAAUUGAAUUCACUUUGAAUAUCUUUGGUGUGGUCCUGGCUUAUUGGAUGGAAUAUGGAUUGUCAUACAUUGAUGGCGGACGAUCGCCCUUCCGAUGGCGUUUCCCAGUCGGUUUCCAAAUCAUCCUCUUGCUCCUGCUGUUCGCAAUCAUCUGGUUCUUCCCUGAGUCACCACGAUGGCUCGUCAAGGUUGGCAGAGACGAAGAAGCACGCUGGAUCCUUGGCCGACUUCGAGGAGAGCACGGAGACGACGAGGGGGUUGCCGAUGCCGAAUUUCAGGAGAUCAAAGCCGUGAAUGCGAUGGAGAAGUCGGAUCAAUAUCCUACCAGUUAUCUCUCUAUGCUUAUUGGACGAGGCUCAGGCAAGCUGCACAUUGGUCGACGAGUCCAGCUAGUCAUCUGGCUUCAGAUCAUCCAGGAAUGGGUUGGGAUUGCGGGUGUCACGAUCUAUGCCCCGACUAUCUUCAGGCUUUCCGGAUUCAAUGCCAAUAAGAGCCAGUGGAUCAGUGGUUUAAACAAUAUCUUUUACAUGUUCUCAACCCUGAUCUGUGUCUUCACCCUAGAUCGGAUAGGCAGACGAGCCACACUAUUCUGGGGAUCGGCUGCUCAGGGUAUCGCCAUGUUCCUCUGUGGCGGCUUCACGAGAAUUGUUCUGGACGCGUCUGCCAACGGCGAUCAAUCGAGAGCCAACUCGUUCGGCAUUGCGGCAGCUGCUAUGAUCUUCAUAUUCACCUUCGUCUUCGGGGCUACUUGGUUGACCGUUCCGUGGCUGUAUCCUGCCGAAAUUUUCCCCCUAGCCGUGAGAGCCAAGGGUAAUGCUUGGGGUGUUGUGGGCUGGUCGAUAGGGAAUGGAUGGUUGACUCUGCUUCUUCCUGUUUGCUUCGCAAAGAUCGAAGAGAAGACGUUCUACCUAUUCGGCAUUGCCAACGCACUGAGCAUCCCAAUCGUAUGGGCACUGUAUCCCGAGAGUAAUCAACGAACGCUCGAAGAAAUGGAUCUCCUUUUCGCAGCUGAUCAGCCCUGGAACUGGACUGCAGAGGCGAACUACGCCAAACUGAAGGCGGAGCAUCCUGAAAUAGUACACCACGCCAAGAAGGGCGACAAUGUAAUGAGCUCCAUGGAUAGUCAGAGAUCAAUGGUGGAGAGCGCAUGA